GCCAGAUUUUUCUUUUUGCGACCGACCGACCGACUUCUCUUUUCCACUCCGUGCACCUCUCCUCUCCUUUCCUCCCUCUCAUCCUUUCUAUACACUACAUAUCAGGUGUACUGUGCGACAAGAUAUGAAAUGACUCUGACAUACCGUGUCGCUUCGGCCGCACUGCUGAUCCUCGCCAUUAUCCUCAUCAAACGCCAUCUCGACCACGUCCAGGAUGAUUCGCGCGUUCAGCCGUUCUGGCAGAUCAGCUCGCCCGCUCCUGCAUCUGCUGAUUCGCCCGCCAACGAAUUUGUGCCCGAGACGCCUGUAGUCCCGGACACUUAUGCUGUAAAACAGGAUGCUCCUGCUCCUGCUCCGGAAAGCUAUCAUGAUAGAGCACGGCCGGGGGUGAGCGGUAUGAAGAAGACGAAACCGGGUGAUAGAAAGGUGUUGUCAAAGAAGCCGGAGUACGAGACUACGCCGAUUAUCGUGCCGAAUGAUCGUACGAUCGUCAUGGCGAAGACGUCGUGGGAGGAUACGUCGUGGGUGAGCAAUGAUUUGAACGAAUGGCGAAACGUAAUCUACACAGUCGACGACCCCUUCGCCUCGCGCCACACCCCCAUCAACAAAGGCCGCGAAGCCCUCGCCUACCUCCAAUACAUCGUUGAACACUACCACGACCUCCCCGCAACCAUCAUCUUCCUGCACAGCCACAAAGACGGCUGGCCCCAAGCCUGGCACACAGACACCCUCUCCUACAGCAACGUCGAAUCCGUCCGCUCCCUGCAAAUAGACUUUGUCCAGAGAAACGGCUUCGCAAACCUCCGUUGCCAAGAAUCCCCCGGCUGCCCGGACGAGAUCCAGCCCUUCCGCAACCCUCCGCGACCAGGGAAAACAGCAGAGAAGGUCUACGCGCAGGCUUGGGAGGAGUUACACAACAACACCGAGGUGCCCGAGGUUGUCGCAGCGCCGUGUUGUUCGCAGUUUGCCGUGUCGAGGGGUCAGGUGCUGCAGAGGCCGAAGAGCGACUAUGAGCGGUAUUAUAAUUGGGUGUUGACGACGGAUCUGCCGGAUGAUUUGAGUGCGCGGGUGAUGGAGUACAGUUGGCAUAUUAUUUUUGGGCAACAGGCGGUUUAUUGUCCCGACACGUUUCAGUGCUAUCAGGAUGUAUAUGGAAGUUCUUAUUUUUGGUAGUUAGGUCCGAGCCCCGGUCUAGGGGGAUAUCAUGAUAAUAUUUAUGACUUUUAAUUAUAUAGAUUUGUUAUGUGUUUUUACAGAGGAUGGCUGAGAUAGCAAUUCCCUGCUUUUAACUGAUUUGAUGUCCCAGACGUAGAAGAGCAGCUAUUCAAUGCAUACACCGUGUAUGGUCCGGCCUGCUUCUGUCGUUAACGAUGAUUUUCAUCUGACGGGGUUCUGCAACUAUAUAACGACUGUCAAGCAACCAUUUACAUACUAAUGCUACGGUCCCUUUC